GGCACUCUGGUAUUGUCAAACGUAUUAGGUUUUUAAGAAUCGUCCACAUUGCUUCUCGUAAUAGUCAUCUCAAGCGAUUUUCACCAGUUCGGAUAACUAACUUCUACCAGCAUCACUUCAAGUACUAUGUUGUAGCUAUGGCAACAUUGUGUUCCCACAUCUUCAUCACAUUGUUGGCAUUGAUCAUGUUGUUGGGUAAGGUACAUGCUACAGAUCAGGUUCCUGACAACCAAGUAUGGACCCCUGCAACAGCAACAUUCUUAUAUGGCCAGCCAAAAGCUUACAUCAGCUGCAAAUUUAUCGGGACUCCAUACGGUGUCUACUGGAUGAAAGGACGUACCCCGGCUACUGCAGAAACGCUUCUAUCUCACAAAGGAGGGGAAGUAUCCGGACCAAGGUUUGAUGAUGGGUCGCUUAAUAUUACUGAUGACUACUCUCUCGUCUUUAAUAACGUUCAAGCUGGUGAUGAAGGCAAUUACAUAUGCAGAGUGUCAAAUCAUAAUGGCUUUCUGAUCGUCAAUAACACUGAUGUCAGGGUGUUAGAUCCGGCUCAAGUGAGCAUUUUUACAGAACCAAGCAUUACAGGAUGGGCCGAGUAUUCGGUCAAUCUUCAGUGUGCUUUCAAAGACACCCCUCAACGAGUCCUCUGGAACAGAGUCCAAGGUCCAAGUGUCGAAACUGUCCUGAGAUACACGUCAGAUGGCUACGAGGUGCUGGGAGACAGGAGAUAUAGUUGGAGCGACAACUACGGACUGAUCAUAAGGGAUCUACGGGUCUUGGACGAAGGGAACUUUACUUGCAUGGUUUCUAAGACGGGUGGAACUGAGAUUCAAAACACGACGGUCCUGACUGUACAUGCUCGUGCAGAAAAGCCAUUCAUCCAAAUCCCACAGUGUAAGUCUCAACCAGAGAGAGCUACAAAUGGCAGAACUCCUAAGUCUUGUCAUUACAGUGUGACUGAAGAUAAGGAUUCAUUUGAGCUGCAAUGCUCGGUCAUACGAGCCAAGCCACAGGUGAAUAUUCUCUGGCAGGAGGGGUCGCAGAACCUCACUGUAUCACCGAUAGUCACUCAGAGGAGUGAUGGUGCUUUUGACGUGACAGCAACCAUAAGCAGAAGGACUAAUCAAUCCGAGUUCAGAUGCAUUGCUUCAGGUCUGGCUGUCAAUGGAACCGCAGAACGCACUGUGAUUGUUAAAAUCGUCAAACCUGUACAAGAAUCUUUACCAGGUGGAUACAUCUUCCUUAUUCUCCUUCUUAUCGUGGCUACUUCCGCUUUUCUGGUCUUUGUCGUGUUUAGAGUGUGGAAGUAUCACAAGCUUCAAACCCAACCAGAUUGCCCUAUUGACAACCAGGCAUCCGUUGAGUCUCAAGAAAAUGCUAACGUUCGGACCAGACGUGGGUUUAAAUUGAUCAUGACGAAAGACUGUGUUUCCUGGGUAUUCGGUUGCAAGAAACAGAAGGAUGGAACUCACGAUAAUGGUGAAAAACAACCACUGAACGAGGUAGAGACUGAGUUGGGGAAGCUUAGAGAGAAGCUGACAAGUUACAGACCUGGGAAGACCACGGGGAUGUCAGGUGUUGACAUAACUGACUCGUCGAUACAUAUCGGACUUUUCGGUGUCAUGGGUGCAGGGAAAUCCUCCUUCAUCAAUUCACUGAACUUCGCUUUCACAAAUGAGUAUAAGGAUGUUGCUAUCGAAGCCGGUAAUACAGCAGGUGGUAGUCAAACCAAGUUCAGGGAACCGAUACAGCUAACAGAUCACAUACACAUUGUUGACAAUCGAGGAUUGAAGGAUUUCUCACCGGAACAAAUCGAGAGAGACUUGAUGCCUCAGAUUCUGGGGAAACGAGGACUUAAACCUAAGGACAAGGUAAAGGAAGGAACUGGAAAACAGAUCCACUGCCCUGUAUUCGUGUGCAAUCUAAGUCAACCGGUUGGUCCUGCGUCUACGCUGAAAUUUAUCGGAGAAUUUUCUGACAAAGUUAAUGAUCAUUUUGGUCGUAACGCAAUGGUUGUCGUCACUCAUAAGGGGGAACUGAAUGACUCUGCAGAAACAUACGGAAGCGUUGAGGAUGUAGUGCGUUUGAUUAAAGAUCAAGGUGGUGUUCCCAGGAAUUCCAUAUGGACAUUCGAAAACUAUACUGAAGAUUGUCACGCUCACGAUGCAAUGAAAAGUAUUGAAUAUUUGAAGUUUCUGUCCACGUGCUUGGAGAUAGGAGAGAGAAAUAUCAGAUUUCAGUUGGAAAAAGAAGCUGAGCAGCCAAUUAAAAGAAAAAGCCUUUUCAAAACAUCCCGCUAAAGCAUUAAUACUAGUAGUGAGUAUUCAUUAUUGUUCGAGAUAUUCACCUUUACUAAACGGAAGGAGGCUCUUCUUCAUAGCACCACUUUGUAAUGUCAGAUUACAAUGCUUGUUUGUUUGUUUAUACCUUAAUAAUUGAUUUGAUUAGUACUUAAUAUUAAUAAUAUAGUUUCAUAAUGUAGAUAUGAAUAGCUUUUAUAAUAACACGGACAAUGAUAUUUUUGUAUAUAUUAUUAUUUGGUAAUCAAAAAAUGUUUAUGAAAUAACCUGUAUAAUUGAAAACCGUGCUCGUUGUCUUUCUCGAAUCUUUGUUUGAUCUUGCAGUUCAGCUGAAAUCAUAACCUAUUUAUAAAUAACAUCUUCGAAGAACUUUUUGGAUUUAUCUGAAUGUUUACGUAGUCAUGUAAAGUCUUUUGAUUGAUGAAGGAUCUAGGGGCACGGGAGCACAUAAGAAAUAUUGCAAGUAGACAUAAGUUCAACAACAUAAUGUGCCCUAAAGUUUUGGCAUACAUGUGUGACCCACAACUGGUACUACUACUCUUACCCCCAAAAAGCGACCCCCUCCCCAACAAAAUGUGUUUCGGGGGAGGGGGGGUGUUUUCCGACAAAAUUAUUCACUUCAAUUCAAUACAAUUUAGUAUUUAUUGUCCAUUUCUGGAUAUUUGAUUUUCACUGGUGUAACAUGCACAGAUUAACAUUUACUAAUGAAUUACAAAAAUGUAGACAUUAACAGUAAAUAAACAAGGUUUAACAUAAAGCACAAAUUAACAGAGGAUCUAAUGUUGUUUUAUAAACACCCAUUAUAAAACAACAUUGGAUCCUCUGUUAAUUUUUGUCAGAAAAUGUUCAGUAGGAAGGACCUUGCUUACUUAGUUGUUUAUGAGAAAAAGUUCAGACAUGUGCCUUCCUGCCCUAAAAUCCUGGAUCCGCCAUUACUGUUGCUAUAAGCCAGUUCGUAGAUUAUAUCUGCGCAUGAGCAGAUAAAGGUCAUUUGUACAUAAUUGUACCCACCCCCCCCCCCCAUACAGUAUGUUUCGAUAUUUUUCACCAAGCGUCAGUCGAUGAGGAAAAAAAUUAUCUUCAUCUGGCAGAGGAUCUAAGUAAUUAAAAUGUACCAUAUUGGAAAUAAUCAUUUAUUGCAAAGAGGCAAAACAAAAUUAUUCCAACGUUAUGGACAACAGUGUAUAUACGGUACAUGUACAUGUUUAUAUACAUCCUUUUAAAGAAAAGGUUGUUGACACCUAUAUGGGUGAAACAAUAUUUCGCUCAUAGGGCUCCUUACUAGGCAUUCAAACUGCCUCAGGUUAAUGUUUGGAAAGUCUUUACUGUCGCGUUCAUAAUAAUAACAAAUAUGUUAUAUGACGGCUACUCCGAGUAUCGAUGUUCAUGUAUAUAAUUUACUACUUGUAAAGUAGAAUCGUAUGUUAUUAUGUAUCGCUCACAUAACUUUGAAAAACUUUACCUUCAGUUCAUAUAAUUGGUAAAGUAUAAUGUGUUCAUGGCCAUUACAUUUUUUUUAAUGAGAGAUUCCACAAUAACCCAACGAGACAAUCUUCUUAUUACCAUAUUAUAAUGUUAAGAACUCUUUGUAAACAGAAAACCUUAAUUUCCACUCGCCCGAUCUUUGGAAUUCUCUUGAUGAGUCUUUCAAAUGCUCACCAAGUCUAUUUUCAUUUGAACGUAAUCUGAAGUUAAAGCUAGUAUAUAAAAGUUAUGCUCAUUUGCCUCAAAUGCAUGCCAUUAUUCAUUUCUUUUUACGAUACACUUUUUCUCUUGGAUUUAUAGCAACCAAUGUCGCGCAAUGAUUUUAGUGCAUGUCAGCUGCUUCAGUGUCCUGUUCUUGUGCUUGGGCUAUGUUUGCUUGUCUCGUCAUACAUUGUCUUGUUUUGUAUUGUCCCAUCUUUCCUCAUCUCUGUUUUUCCUUGCAUUUUCUACUUGAUGAUUAUACUAUAAUAUUUUGUGUUAGGAAAUCUAAAUUUCAAGCUAUGCCUUCCUAGGUUUCCUCCGCAACACAGCAAGCAAUAAUCUGUUUUAGUCUUGAUUGUACACUAUCACUGCAUUGCCGUAUACCAUAUUAUAUAAUAUUUCUCGUUUAGUGAUAUUUUGAUGGGAAUGACUUUGUAAAAACGAAAAGCUCUGUAAAUUUUAUUUGCUGUUAUUGUGGAAAUAAAUAAAAUGGAACUAAGUGUAA